AGUAAAACAGCAAAGCGGGAGGAAAAUUGCGGUCUCCCUUCUCUUCUCUUCCCUCUCUUCUCUCAGUGGGAGCCUCCUCCUAUUCUCUCAACUCUUUUAGCAUAACCUUCAAAGGAGAACGGUCCCUUCAGACUUUAUUACCGUCUUUUCCCCACUGAGAGAAUACCUCUUAGCUACAAGACAUUUUUUUUUAAGUCUAUGCAGGACUUCGGGGAUCCAGUUAUCUUGCCAGGGAAAUUGAUGAUAGCUAAUGUCUGAGACUCACAGCGUGCUAAAUUAGCUACCAGAGUAUGCCUGACGGAGGAAGGCUUUUAUCACAUACUCUUCUCUCCAGUUUGAACACAUUUGCUUGAAUUUUGCCGCAUGAUGCUGUCCAGGGAAGCAGCUUUUUUUCUUGGGAUGCAGCAACUCGCUGGUUUCUAAGCUUAUUGCAGAAGAAAAAAAAAAAUCUGAAAUUGAGUGGAUUUUCCCCCCUCCUCUGCUUGAUUCGACUGAGCUGUGUUGCACGGCGGUAAAGAUCAACUGUCCCUAAAUCUUUGAAGAAGUAAAACAAAGUGAAAUAUCAUUAAUAUUUAUUUAUUUAUAUUAUUUUUAACCGGUGGAGGCGGCGAGACCACGGAGAAUGAGAUUGAGAGAAGCUGCCGGGGCUUGGAGGAGGAUAAAGCUGAGUUUCAGCUGGAAACUAAAAGACUAGAUCGGUUCGGGGAGCAACUUGGCCGGUUCCUCUCCACUUCCUUUAGUUUCACUCCAUGGACAGAUCCACGGACCUGGACAUCCAGGAGCUCAAGAUGACUCGAGAACAAUACAUACUAGCCACACAGCAGAACAACCUGCCGAGACCUGAAAAUGCACAACUCUACCCUGUGGGAAUUUAUGGAUGGCGAAAGAGGUGCUUAUACUUCUUUGUCCUUCUGCUGUUGGUUACCAUGAUAGUUAACUUAGCCAUGACAAUAUGGAUAUUGAAGGUUAUGAAUUUCACUGUGGAUGGUAUGGGGAAUCUGAGAGUCACCAAGAAGGGAAUCCGACUUGAAGGUAUAUCUGAGUUUCUACUACCAUUGUAUGUGAAAGAAAUUCAUUCCCGAAAGGACAGUCCAUUGGUCUUACAGUCUGACAGAAAUGUAACAGUGAACGCAAGAAACCACAUGGGGCAGCUCACUGGACAGCUGACAGUCGGAGCUGAGGCUGUUGAGGCACAGUGUAAAAGAUUUGAAGUGAGAGGAAGUGAAGACGGCAGGGUACUGUUUUCUGCAGAUGAAGAUGAGAUCACUAUUGGGGCUGAGAAGCUAAAGGUUACAGGAACUGAAGGAGCAGUAUUUGGGCACUCUGUGGAGACACCUCACAUCCGAGCAGAGCCAUCUCAAGACCUCAGACUUGAAUCACCAACCAGAUCCUUGAUAAUGGAGGCCCCACGCGGGGUCCGGGUGAGCGCAGCUGCAGGUGACUUCAAGGCUACCUGCAGGAAGGAGCUGCAUUUGCAGUCCACAGAAGGGGAGAUUUUUCUAAAUGCAGAUUCAAUCCGGCUGGGAAAUCUACCAAUUGGUUCCUUUUCUUCUUCACCCAGCACCUCAAAUUCUCGACAGACAGUGUAUGAACUGUGCGUCUGCCCCAAUGGCAAACUCUACCUUUCUCCAGCUGGGGUAGGCUCCACCUGUCAGUCCAGUAGUAGUAUUUGCUUGUGGAGCUGAAGCGACUGAUUUCUCCUCACACCAGAAUAGCCUUUUGUUCCCGUCCGUCUGCUUCACGGUUUUGCUCGGUUUCCCCUGUGAUCAGUCCAGAGUGUCUUCAGAUGGACCACAGAGCAAACUGUUCCAGUAUCCACCCGGAUCGGCCUUCACCUUUCCUGAUUCACCAUACUCAACACACAUAGUGUGACUGACUCGGCCGUGGGAAAAACAUCUUCAGCAGAAAACCUGGAUCGUGACCUUUGCUCGAAAGGGAGAAUAAUUUAGGUGCCUUUGCUACGUGGAGUGAAGCACACAGUUUUAGAUUUUUGCAGAACCUGGCUGUGAACUGCGCACGAACACAUUACCCAGAUGAAAUUCCCAAAUCUACUGGCGACAUGAAAUGCUUAACCCCGUCAGAAGACUAAUUCUGCAGUCCGAAAGCACAAUUUUUCCAUUCAUCUUUUUUGGAUGUAAACUUUUAUCCCCGAAUUUUAAAUUUUUGAAGCAUUAUGUAAUGCUUGCUUUACUAAAAAAUUAAAUUCAAUACGUGAUUUUUAACUAAAUGAAAUGACGAGACAGAAUCUCUCCCUGA